UUUCCAGGUCCUUGGGCUUUUCAUAGUAUGGAAGAUCAUGAAGAAACGACAAUGGAGAAUAAGACUGCUGUGGAAGACCUGAAACUCUUGAUUGAAAGUAUUAAAUAUCAACAACAAGAUUUGGAAUUCCAGGAGCAAGCUUUAAAGACCAUGGCAUCUGUCUUUCGUACUAGUGGUAAAUAUGCUUUUGAAAAAAAAUAUAUUGAAAACGUUUUUGAACAUGUUUGUGAAAGUUAAAAAACCAUAUUAAAAUUCAUAUAAUAAUUAUCUAUAUAUUUUCUAGAUAGUGCAUCAAGUUAUUUGGUUACUUCCGAUGGACUGGAACACAUCUUAAGAAUAUUGUUAUCUAGCAACGACAAACCAAACUCACUUCGAGAGGCUUGUCUGCAUGCAUUGUGUGCUGCAUGUGAAAAUAACGGUAAGAUGAUCCGACGCAUGCUCCCUAUUUGAUGACUCCGGAGUUUGUAUUGACUGUUGGAAUUUUGACAUCAGGUCACGGGCUAAAGCGUAUGUUCUUUGGAUUACGGGAUGUUUAACCCUUUCGUGGUUUUUUUGGAGCAUCACUGAAAGCCGAUUUUCAGACGACCAUUCAGAAACCGGUUUUGAUAUUUUGCUUGGAGAAAUGGAAAUCUCAUCAGGGAGAAAAACUUGUAAUACCUCAAACUUAUUUCAAUUUCAGUCAAAUAAUGAAAUAAUUUUUUCAUCAAAAGCUAGAGCUGGUCUUCGCAAGCGCUCCGUACCUUUGUGAAAUCGUAUGUUAAGUUUUUGUGUAUAAAGCGUUCAUAUUACAUGGCGUUAUACAAUUUUAACGGACAAUAUGUUUGAGACUACAUUAUUUUCUAAUAAAAUCAACGGGAUAGUAUUUGCAUUUGAAACGUACUAUUCUGAAUAAAUAAAAUGGAGAAAGAUUUCUUAUAGAAUUCAAAGAUUCCUUAUAGCCAAAUUUAUAUUUGUAACAAUGUGGCUGUAGGCUACAAUGUGGUUGUGAAUCGGCAGAGCGGUUGUGAUUAAUUUUUCUGGUUGAGGCCUUUAUAUUGAGGAUUACCUGAAAACAUAAACAUGCAUUGAAGUACUGAUUCCUUAUACAUGCAUAUAGAUGAUUAUACAUGAAAAAGCUUUCAAACUUUUAUUAACAUUACGCGUGGUAGUGGUACGUUUCCAGUUCCACUAUAUCGAUGGCCACAAUGUCGUUUUUCGGAAGCCAAUUUCAAGAAGGAAAACGAAAUCCUAUUCCGAAUUGCACCACUCCAGCACUUCUUGCCAAUAAAUAUGUGAGUCGUUGUAAACAUGUCACAAAACUCAACAUGUUAUUUCGAUUCUAUAUUUCAAAUUCUUGUAAGUAGGCUAUAUACAAUGUCUAUCGAAAAUAUUACCUUGUGUCUUGUUUUCAGCAACCUGUAUCUGCAGUUAACAAGUGAUAUAGUAUUCGUGGAGUAUGUAUUUUUUUCUAGUAUUGUGACAAAGCUACCCCUAUUAAUCUAUUAUUCCUAUAGCUAUUGCACAACAAGCACUGUGUAUACUGGAGAUCUUUUAUGUGCUGAAGAAAUUUUUGUUGAUGAAAUCUUCGACAAGAUUACAGACACUUUCUUGUUAUCUACUAAUUUGUCUCAUGACAAAUAAUGGUAUGUAAUCGACGGCCUUAACCUGGAUCUAGAAUAUAUAGGUGUCCUAAUUGAAUCUCUAGACUAUAGAUGUAUAGAGGCUUCCAAAGUGCAUGGGAAUCUCGUAAAGAAUGUGAAGAAUCGAGUCAUUGCACUGCGUGGAAUAAUUUGCGUAUUGGUGGUUGGAUUCAAUAAUAAAUAUUAUAAUUUAUGUUUCCAUUGUUCCAGAGAAAGGCCAGACUCUUGCAAGGGAAACAAAAUGUGUUGACACAUUGCGUUACCUUUUCAAGUAAGUCAUUACUUAAUUAUAAUUGAAGAUGGUACCUUUAAGAAUAUAGAAAAAAAUUCGAGUGAAGACCCUUCGUCAGUACCCUGGUUGCCAGAGGUUCUGUAUCUUUCGCCUUUUUCCCGCUCGAAUUUAUUUUACGCGAGGCGAAGAGAACCUCUGGUGGCACGCGAUACAAAUCUCUCUUCCUUUGGUACAAAAUUUGUACCAAGCACAUGAUUGGUUAGUUAUAAUUAGCAGUCACUUGAAUUGAUGUGAUUGGCUAGACAAAAAAACCUGUUUAUAAAUAUCAGAGAACAUGAUGUAAACAAAAUACAGAAAUAAUACGAACGUAUUUAAAAAUUUAAAAUGCAUGCUUACUCAGUGUGGGUUACUUGAGAUUAACUUAGUUUGUUCCGCUAUAAAAAUAUUUUCUGCGCUGGAGAAGAGCUGCCAUCGCGGCAUGACUUGAGAGUCGACGGCAUGACAUGUUCACUCUAUACAGUAGUAUUUUUUGUAAAAUAUGAAGUGUUUGCAUGUCACUUACUUAUCGUUCAAGGUUUUAAAUUUUGGUAAUUAUUCGACUUUAAUACUUAUUAAUAUGGUUUAUUUUGCCAAUAUUUUUCCGUUGUCUGUUUAUAAGGACAACCAUACUGGCUCCGUUGCACACAUAUGUAUAAAUAUUUAUAUGUUUAUAUUCUUUCACUUUUGACUUUUAUACGUUCGCUAAUACAAACGGCAAUCCACAAUCAGUAAGGUUGUUUUUUGUUUUGUGCGUUGCGAGAAUAGUCUACAUGUUUCUAAUAAAUAACUACAAGUGUUUGGCCUGCUUAUUUUAAAUAUUUUACACAAAGCUGACAAACAGUCUGAAGAGAGCUAUUUUGGUAGUAUGACAAACCCGGAAGUUUACAAACGUCACAAAAUAUAAAACCGGUUUUGCAAGUUCUCAAACAGCAACGUCAGCAUGGAAGAGAGAUUUGUAUCGCGUGCCACCAGAGGUUCUCUUCGCCUCGCGUAAAAUAAAUACGAGCGGGAAUAAGGCGAAAGAUACAGAACCUCUGGCAACCAGGGUACUUCGUCAGUAACUUUUUCAAUCCUGCUGCUUAUUACAUUCUCCAACUAACUCUUAAAUAUACAGCUAUUUCAAUUAAGGUUGUCCACGAGCAAAGCGGAAAAGUCGAAUACGAGCGCGAAAGGCUGCUGCAUGGGAAUCGCUAUGAAAAUUCAUUAAUUUGUUAGCGAUUCCCAGCAGCCUUUCGCGCUCGUAUUUGACUUUUCCGCUUUGCUCGUGGACAACCUUAAUUGAAAUAGCUGUAUACAAAGAAGGUCCAACGUUAAUUACUGAAUUUCACGACAGCAGCUAAAUUCUGAAAGAGGGAAAAUACUUCUCGACUUUUCCAGUACUCUCCCUUCGUUCAGGAGAGUCCUACUGAUUCUAAAUUCUGCUCUUAAGGUUUACCAUAGUGUGCUAUUAUUGUAGAAAAUACGUCUUGUCUCCAGUUCUAGUAUCUUCUUAAUUGCAGAGAUGUUCAUUCUCCAUCGUGUUCUCCUCGUAUUCCAAACAGACUAACCGAAUGUGUUUCAUCUGAAUGCCAAGAAAACGAAGCUUUGAUUAACCUUUGGCAAACAGCGACGAAUGCCCUGUCUGUUUCUGUUAAUAACCCACAAAACAGU